AUGAUCGAAGAAGGUAAUGCUGAACAGCAAAAUAGUGCAAUCAUGAAGGCGCGAUUAACGAUGUCAUCAUCUUUCUUGCCAUCUUCACAACGGACCACUUUUCCCAUGGAGAUCAAGAAGGUUGGCUGCAUUUCUGCGGCUAACUCUAAGAGUAAUGAGGGUGGUGCUUUGACACCAGAUUCUAUAAUCGAGGAGCUUAAAUCCCUAGCUAAAUCAAUGCUUGAUGCUACAAAUGCGGCUCGAAGCCGUGCAAACGCGCUUGAGAAUCGUCGUUCCUAUGAGGCUCUUAUGAAUGCUAUUGAAAAGCGAGCCAAGCCCACUUCUGGAAAUGACAUGAAAGCAUCGGGAAGUAUCACCAAAGUGAUGGAUAGCACUAUUAUGGAGGUACAUCCCAACACUGAUAAGGAUGGCAGGACGUCGGAUUUAUUUUCUUCCAUGAUGGGGUUUCAGAAAUUAUCGAGCACUACUGAAGCAACAGGCAAGGCAAACGUGCUUCAAACAAUGCAGAAGAAUAGCCAUGCACCAUUUCACAUAGACUCGAUGGUAGAUACAAAUAAAAAUAUAUGGGAGUUUGAAGCUGAACAUAUUACAGAUAUACCUGCUUCGCUAAGCCAACAACAUCCAAACAAUAGGCAUGCAGAAACAGAGGGGCAACAUAUGAAUGAUGAAAAUAUUCAAAAUGAUGGCAGUGCUGGUAUAUUACCAGUUACUACGCAAGAUAGCCACAGUGAGCCCCAGUUACUUGUAAAUAAAACACAUACACUCAUCAUGGACGAUAUCAGCGAUACUGACGAAGGGGAUGUAAAUGUAUAUAAUGGGGUCAAGACUCAGACCUUUUUCAAAUCUACUGAUCCAGACACUUAUCGGGAUAUUGUGUCUUCGACGUGGAAGCCCGAGUGCCUACUGCGCGCUGAGGAUGGAACCACAUAUCCAUAUAUCAAAAGUGAAAGUGAUAAGAAUGGCCAUCGCUCCCACCGUGAUGUUGAGGACGAAAUCAAUCCUGAGAGAGAUAACGAUAGCAAUGGAGGCAGCAGUGAUAUUUGCAAUGAGAAUGACAAAUACUCGAAGAAUGAUGGAGGCCAUGCAGUGGGUAGCAUCGAGAAGUCAAAUCAGAACUCAAAUAAAAAACUUAAACGAGUAUUUCGAAUCCCAGCUUUCCCCUUUGGAGGAGGUAUCACUGAUGAGCAGGCCAAUGAGAUGAGCCAGAUGUUCAAGAAAUGCAUUUCAUAUGGCUGCAAUCACUAUCAUCAUAGCUCUGAAAGCAAGAGGAAAUCAUAUGAUAAAUUACCAAAAUAUAUAUCGAAGGAAGAUUUUGAUGCACACAAUUACACCGAAGUUCCCUGUUAUGCAGAAAUAAAGCCUUUCAAACCCGUUUCACCUUUUGAAUUUGUUGUUGAGGUUGAGCAUGACGUCUUAUUCGAUGUACUUCGUGCUCGCGAGCAAAGACGUGAAGCUUUUCGUCGACUAGCCAAGCAAGGUCUUGCUCCUGUUACGAUGGGAACUUUCAAUCUGCGCGUCAUCAUGGAUCCUACAAAGACUGGCUUCGAGGACGAAAAAACUUUUCCUAUUGUACGAGGUAAAGUUAUUGCGGAUCGCUAUAAGAUUGUCCAGCUGCUUGGAAAGGCCACUUUCAGCCGUGCCGUGUGUUGCUAUGACCUACACCACCCGAUUUACGAAGAUGAUACGGAUGAUAUCGGUAAGGGAGUAAACGUUGGGGAUGGUACCGAUGGGGUUAUUGUUGACCAGGAUGCUUGCAAAGAUGGAAGCACAAUGAGUUCGACUAACGGCGACGAUAGUUCAACGAUAAAAGAGCACACCGCAUCGAAAAAGGAGGGCCAGCGUAAGGUGAUUGGCUAUGCUGAGGUCUGUUUAAAAAUUAUUAAUAACACCAAGGACUUUUUUGACCAAUCCCUUGAUGAGAUUCGGCUUCUGACGCUUCUCAACUCGCAAAGAGAUCCUGAUGAGGUUCACAUUGUCCGACUUAUAGACGCUUUUUACUACAAAGAGCACACCAUGCUCGUGACAGAGCUCCUUUUGGAUAACCUGUACGAGUACAACAAGUAUAACCGUGAGGAAGAGGAUGAAAUUUACUUUACCUUACCACGUAUUCGGCGCAUUGCCCGACAAAUCGUCGAGGCACUUGCUUACGUUCAUAGUCUCAACCUCAUUCACGCUGACCUGAAGCCUGAGAACAUCCUUUUUGUUUCUCACCGGCGGUGUAUUGUGAAGGUGAUCGACUUCGGCAGUAGUUGCUUCAUUAGCGAUCAUUUAAGUUCCUACAUACAGAGCCGCAGCUACCGCGCGCCCGAGGUAAUUUUUGGCUGCGAUUACGACGGCCGGAUUGAUGUGUGGUCUCUCGGCGCGAUUCUUUUUGAGUUAGUAACUAGUGAGGUUCUCUUUUCAUCUGAAACGGCGCCGGAGAUGCUUGCGCGUAUUGUAUACGUGUGUGGAAUGCCGUUUCCAAGGCAGAUGCUCUGGGAGGGGCGACAUACCUGUGACUUCAUCAACAAGUUCGGCUGUAUUUAUGAGAUGGGUAGUAGCAAAGGUCAUGGCAACCCUGACGGCUUCGAUGUCGAAGGCGGUGACAGUGGAGAAGAGGAGCCCUAUUAUGUGCAUACACCCGUUAUUGCAGCCUCCAGCGGGACCAAAGCUUCCAAGAGGGUUUCUGGUUCUAGAACACAGAAAAAAGAUGAGCUGAAAACUAGCAAAGAAUUAAAGGACGAUAGAAAUAAUGAUAGUAGGCUUGAUUCAAUAAGCUCAGGCAGUGCUUCAGAAUCUGAGGGAGGGAGUUCUCCCGCCUCAUCGCCAGUUGGGGGCCCAUACAGCGUGUUGCGACGGAAGUUAGCUGAUUUUGGCAUGACAAACGAAUCUUUUCUUUCUUUCGUGGAGGCAUGCCUUACACUGGACCACAAAAAGCGGCCUACGAGUGCACAGCUGCUCACUCAUGAAUUUAUAGCUAACGAAAAGGUUUAA